AUGGCUAGAUGGCAGAUCCUGCUCUCUAAAUUCGAUAUAGUAUACGUAAGUCAGAAGGCGAUAAAGGGGAGUGCAAUAGCUGAUUUCUUGGCUAGUAGAGCCUUGGAGGAUUAUGAGCCUCUGAACUUUGAUUUUCCAAACGAGGAUUUGAUGUAUGUGGCAAGUACUGAAGAAAAUCCUCGAAGAGAUCACAAAUGGAGGUUAAAUUUCAACGGUGCUUCGAAUGCUAUGGGUAAUGGAAUUGGGGCAGUCUUGGUAUUCCCGAGUGGAGAUCAUUACCCUGUGGCUAACAAGUUGGACUUUAAUUUUACAAAUAAUAUGGCAGAAUAUGAAGCGUGUAUUAUGGGCAUUCGUGCAGCCAUUGAGCGAAACAUCAAAGUGCUAAAAGUAUAUAUGGAUUCCGCAUUGGUGAUAUACCAGCUUAAAGGGGAAUGGGAAACUAGAGACCCUAAGUUAAUCAGUUAUGAAGGCUGUUAUCUCCCACGAGAGGAAAACCAAAUGGCUGAUGCAUUGGCUACUCUAGCUUUGAUGAUUCAGGUGAAUAGACUUGAAGUAAUGAGGCCUAUUCAGAUGAGUAUCUAUGAAACCCCGGCUCAUUGCUACAAUAUUGAGGAGGAAGGAAAAGACGAUCACCCUUGGUAUCAGAGUAUCCUACAGUAUGUGACGAAUCGGGAGUACCCUAGCCAGGCAACAGAGAACGACAAAAGAACUCUGAGAAGAAUAGCCAUCGAAUAUGUCUUAGACGGAGAAGUGCUAUACAAAAUAAGGAAAGAUCAAGUACUGUUGAGAUGUGUGGAUGCCGUGGAAGCUAAGAAAAUUUUUUGA